AUGGUGUGCGGCUUGCUCGUGAUUUCUCUGUCGGUUACACUGUUUAGCAUUGCGUCCGCCUCUCGGCUAACAUGGGCCUUGGAACGGGAUGGGGCGUUUGCCAAGGUGAUUGAUCGAAGACAUAAUGUCUUCGUCCGCGUGGUCUGGCUCCCUGUUUUCAUCGUGAUGUGUCUCGCCUGUCUGAAUAUCGCUGAUACAGCCGCGUUCCAAGCCUUUGUCGCACUGGGCUCGAUCGGGUUGUUUGUGUCAUAUUUUAUUGCUAUCGCACGCAUGAUCCACAAUCGAUUCCAGGCGACGCCGGCGCCUCUGGUUGACUGA